UGUUGGGCAGGAUUUCAAGGAAAAACAAGAAUCGGUACAGCUUCAGUCUGUAAAAUUUGCAAACAUGAUUUAUCACAAACUACUUGGAAUUUUUGCGUUUAUAUUGGGUAUUCAAGACAGCCAUUUACAAGCUUGUGGCAAACCAAAGUAUAAUACCCGAAUUGUGGGAGGUACCUAUGCCACUGAGGGGGCAUGGCCUUGGCAAGUCAGUAUUCAAAAGAAUGAGGAGCACAUCUGCGGUGGGUGUCUCAUCUCAGACAGCUGGGUGGUAACUGCUGCCCACUGUUUUAACAGGUUUGAUGCCGAGUACAUGUUCCAGGUAAAAAUUGGAAGCCAUCAGCUCUUAGGUACAAACGUACACGAGAUUUCUCGUGGAGUCAGUGCGAUUAUGAUUCAUGAGGACUUCACUGACUCACCCUAUCGUAAUGACAUGGCUUUGUUACAACUUGAUGAGAGCGUGAAUUUCACUGACUACAUCCGUCCAGUCUGUCUACCUAAUGCGAGUCUUGUUUUCCCAGAUGGAAAGAUGUGCUGGGUCACUGGAUGGGGCAGAAUUAAAUAUGGAGAAAGUCUUCCUGCACCUAAAACCCUACAGGAGGUGAAUGUACCGAUCAUUAGUCAGCCAGUCUGUGACUGCCUCUAUCACAAGGAUUCUAACAUACUUCUGUCUGAGCAGAUUGUUUCAUCUGAUGCAAUCUGUGCUGGAUAUGUAAGUGGAGGAAAAGAUGCCUGCCAGGGAGACUCAGGGGGGCCUCUGGUAUGCAAUGUCGGUGAUGUCUGGGUCCUUGCAGGACUGGUGAGCUGGGGAGACAAAUGCGCCCUACCAAAUCGACCUGGAGUAUAUUCACGCCUUAGUGCCUACCAAGACUGGCUGCAGACAUACGUGCCAGGGCUAGAUUUCAUCUGGAUCAACCAGACUUACACAGAUAUCAAAGUAAACAGUAAAACAUGUAGUGUAGAAGAUACCUUAGAUAUUCCAGAUAUACCAGUCUGGGGCCAUGGAAUUUGUCUGGUAUGCAGCACUUCUGCACUGCUCUUCAACAUGAUAUUCGCCAUUGUGCUGGCUCUGUCCUAGGUUCUAGCAAUGAAUGGACUGGAAGAAACAGGAGGAAGGAAAUAGAAACCCUCAUCUCAGUGCUGCAUGACAACUUUGCCAGUCUUCAUUCUUCACACAAGGACAGCAGUCUCCUGUGUCCUUUGUCAUGUAAUGCAUAUAUAUGCACACCUUUUUCAUAUUGUCACACACUCACCUUUAAAUACGUAAACACACAGCUAUACAAUCACAUGCAACACUUGCAUGUAAACAUACACCCAAGUUACACACACACACAA